UACUUUAUAUGUGACUAUUGUUAGACUGCAGUCGAACGUUCGGGUAGUUUUACUUUUUUUUCACAAGCUUUCUGAGGGGUUUAAUUCUUUCAGCUUUUUAUUGAAAGAUGAGUGAACUCACUCCAGAUGAGAUGCGUAGAAGAAGGCUUGCGCGUCUUGGGGCAAGCCCAGCCAGCUCACCAGGGGGAGGUAGUGUCUCUCCACAGACCCCUGCCAGUCUAGGUGCUUCACCGUCACUCCGGACACAAGCAGCGUCAAGUACACAACCCUCACCAUCUGAAACACCCAUGUCAGUAGAUCAAAGUGCCUCAGAGACAUCCAACAUGGAAACAGAUGAUUCCUCAUGUGAAAAGAGUGCCCAGUCACAAGUUGAUGUUGAUUCAGGGAUAGAGACCAAUAUGGAAGUUGAUGAUGAGCCAAGAGCAGAGACAAAAAGGAAAAGAGACAUCAGCGUAUCUGAAGCCUCGGAGGAACAAACCAUAGCUGCUAUAUGCAGGCUUUUUAUAGUGUCGUGGAAGGAGAGGAGUGAGGAAACCCUUUAUUUGCCAGACUUAGCAGAAUCAUGCAGUGGAAGUGAGAAUGGGUAUGAAGACUAUCAAGAUUUGAUAAGCCAGAUAUUGAUGGAGGUCCUCACAGUCAUGAGCCAACAAAGCAAGAAUCCAAUGCUAAGUCUCAAACCCCCAAAGCUGGCAGGGUCGCCUUCCAAGUAUGGCGCUAGCCCAGGUGCUGGUGCUAUGUUGCUACAUGAAAGACCAACAAGAGAUUUCCCCAGACUCAAGUUUCAGCCUGAGGACUCUAAGGAGGUGGAGAUGCUCAAGUACCUGCUGGACUGCUUUGACAGGUGUUUAAAUGAGGAACGCCUGUCAUCAAAGCGCUCCAGAGUGCCACCUCUCAGUACGGCCAUCGAGGAAACGAGAACUCAGUGUGUCAACAUGGCAGCCUUGGUUCUGCAGGGGGUGCUCACACACCCAAGAAGCCCAGCACGGCCUUCUUUACUGCUGCCAUUUUUGCUGAACCACAAUCUGCCAGCAGGCUUCUUAGAGAUGUUGGUUAAACAGACCAGUGGCUGUCAACGGAGCUUUAAACAGGUGUUUGCGCCCAUCCUCCAAGGCCUUUACAACACCAUAAAAAGGCUAUCGUUUGAUGAAGACGACUACAGGCAGCCUAUACUGGUGCUUAGACAACUCUGUGAUAUACAAACUUUUGGAAAACAGAAGCCAGUCUGCAGCUUGAUCAUACAACUUGAUAACUGGCUGCCUGCUGGUAUGACAGAAGCAGAAGGGAUGGAGCUGCAGAAACUGGCUUUUUUGGGACCUUUCUUCGCCCUGUCAGUAUUCGCAGAAGACAAUACACAGGUUGUUGAAAAAUUGUUUGCUAACAAAGAGAUGCCGCCUGACAGUAUUCGACUUGUUCAUCAGAGACUGAGAAGUGAGAUGGACUUUGCCAGGAAUGAGCUGUUUGAAAUAGUCCACACAUUUUUAAGGAAUGUGGACACUAGAGAUUCCUGUUUGAACUUCAUCACUGCUGUAAUUCAAAGAAAUCUCAAACGAGCACAGAUCCAGGCUGAUGAGCGUCUACUCUGUGGGGAGGGAUUAAUGCUGAAUUUUCUCACUGUGCUACAGAAAUUAUCCAGACCCAUUAAACUAGAGAAGGUAGACCCCUUCUAUUUGUUCUCCCCUAACGCACGCGUCAAUAUUUCGGAAGAGGCAAGAUUAAAGUGCACCACUCAGGACUCUACACAGUGGAUUGAAGAACUGAACAAGGACACGUCGCACAUUUGGCAGGAUGCCAAGUUCCCCACGGAAUGUUAUUUCCUCACUCUUCACUCUCACCAUCUUUCCAUCCUUCCCAUAACGCGCAAAUAUCAGCGACGCCUACGAGCCAUGCGGGAUCUCACACGCAUGAUAGAAGAACUGGAAAACCACGAGCCACAAUGGAAACAUCUACCAACAGUUGCCAGUAGGAAUAGAGAAUUAUUGAAACGCUGGAAGUCUCAAGAACGGAGACUACAGCGCGGCAAGAUGUGUGCUGAUGCCGCAGUUUUCCAAGAAUCUUUGUUAGUCGGCACACUACAGUUCUUCGAGACUCUUGUGCAAUAUCUACUCAGGCUGGUUUGUCCUUCAUAUCCAAGGAUCUCCCUGCCACUUCCUCAAGAGGUUCCAAUGUUGUUUGCAGCACUGCCAGAAUACUAUGUGGAGGAUUUGGCCGACUUCUUUCUGUUUGUCAUACAAUACACGCCCCACAUUUUGGAAACUUCACUGACUCAUAUAAAAGAUCUUGCGGAUUUCUUGAUAGUGUUCAUAUCAAGUUCCCAUUAUAUCAAAAACCCAUAUUUGGUGGCAAAACUGAUCGAGGUCAUGUUUGUACUGAACCCAAACGUGCAGCCGAGAACGGAAAAGACGAGCGACAUGGUUCUGAACAACUCCCUGGCUCUGGACAACCUUUCUCCUGCCCUGAUGAAGUUUUAUACAGAUGUGGAGUCAACUGGAGCUAGCAGCGAGUUCUAUGAUAAGUUUAGCAUUCGCUAUCACAUCAGUAUCAUCUUUAAGACGUUGUGGGAAAACCCUGCACACAAAGGGAAGCUGAUUGAAGAGGCAAACUCAGGAAAGCAGUUUGUGAGGUUUGUCAACAUGCUGAUGAAUGACACCACCUUCCUCCUGGACGAGAGUCUGGAUACCCUGAAGAGCAUCCAUGAGGCACAGGAGCUGAUGGAGAACAAGGCAGAAUGGGGGAAGUUGUCUAGGGAGCAGCAGCAAAGCAAGCAACGCCAGUUAGCCCAGGAUGAGAGACAGUGCAGAUCCUACCUGACGCUCGGCUCAGAGACAGUGGAGAUGUUUUACUACCUCACUCGCCAGAUACAGAUGCCUUUCUUAGUGCCUGAAUUAGCUGACCGCUUGGCAGCCAUGUUGAACUUCAACCUCCAGCAGUUGUGUGGACCAAAGUGUAAAGAAUUGAAGGUGAAGAACCCUGACAAGUAUGGCUGGGAACCCAAGAAACUUCUGGACAGGCUGACCAGUAUUUAUCUCCACCUCAACAACUGUGAUGCAUUUGCUCAGGCUAUUGCCAAUGAUGAGAGAUCUUAUCGGAAAGAGCUAUUUGAUGAUGCUGUGGCCAGAUUAAAGAAGGCCUGUAUCAAGACUCAUACAGAAAUUGCCCAGUUUCAACAGCUGCAGAGUAAGGUGGAGAAGCUGUUGGUGGAGAAACACAAAGAGGAGACAGAUUUUGGGGAUAUUCCAGACGAUUUUAGAGAUCCGCUGAUGGACACCCUGAUGACAGACCCUGUGAUACUGCCCAGUGGGACUGUCAUGGAUAGGCCUAUUAUACAGCGCCAUCUAUUGAACUCCAGCACAGAUCCCUUCAACAGGCAGCAUUUGACAGAGGAGAUGCUGAUACCAGCAACAGAUCUGAAAAAGCGCAUCGAACAGUGGAAAAGAGAGAAAACAAAGAAGUGACUGAAGAAAAACAGAACACAACAUCUGGUUUAACAUAUCAAUUAACAAUAUAUACAGACACAUCUGUGUCUGUACAUAAAAAACAGACCCUCAAAAAAUAACACGGAUAUGGAGUAUUCCAGUCUUUCCUGGAAAAUAACUGUUAUCCCUAGUUGAACUUCUACCAUAUAUAAAAAAAACUGGUAUUUUUCUGCAAGCAAGAAUAUUUUGGAAUUCUCAACCUUUUCAAUAACAAGCUGAGGAAAGCUGAAAGUUUUACUUAUCUAUUAUGAUGCAGUUUAUAUGUAUUUAUUAUUUUGUCCUUCAAGGGAAAAUCUUUUUAGUUGCUAAAGAAGGCCAGUAUCACUCAGUUAUUAUUUGUAAUACUUAACAAACCCCCAUUUAUUCCGUCUCUUAAGUAUACAAUUCAAAGAUACGUGAAUAUUUUGAGGUAAAAAUAAAAUGCUUUUUUGUUUUCAAGUUUGGGAGGUGGGAGGGGGGUGGGUGGGUUGAAAGAAAACAUAAAAUAAAACAGUUCUCCUGUUCUCCUUUCUAGUGUUCAAGAAAUAAGGUUCCUUUUUGGUCACAUAAUCAUUUAUGUUGGAAUGAUGGUAAAGAGCAUUGGGCAGGUUAUAAGGGUGCUUAUGGUCCAGUGUUACAAUGAAGGUAUUUCUGGACUGAUUACAGAUUUUCAAAAGUUUUGAUGGUGGGACACCACAUCAUUGUCGACCUGGACGAGGCUGUGGUAGGGUAGUAAACCACAUGCCUUGCCGUAUUCAGGGGUUUUGUCCCAGGUGGUUUGUACCUAGUUUUAUUACUGAUAUUAUAGCGAUUAAAAAAGUCAAUCCCUUGGAAUGGACCAUUUGAGCGAGGGGAACACAUUAUGGCAAGUCUUUCAUUUUUGGAGUCUGAAAGAUAUGUAUUAAGAAAGUCCACUUUUUGUGCUUUUGACUUUUUGGCCAAUAUUCAGUCAUUAAUUGCACAUAGCCAAUUUGCACAUAUGAUAGGUUUCCUCCCUUUUCUGUUUCUGUACAACUUUGAUAUUCACCAAGUGAACCCACUGGUUCUCUCUGUCUAUUCAAGCAAAUACAUCUGUCCAGACUGCUUUGUACCAUGUUGUUUCUCUGGAUUAUCAGCUGGUUGUUUCACAAGUUCAAAGAGUAAGUCAAGAAUUUGUAAUAUGUAUUAUAGGAGUUUUAAAGAUGAAGCCUUUAUUCAAUGUUUCUGUGGGAAUAAAAAUAUCUCAAUUGA